CCGGACAGCGGGGACUGUCGCCUCCCAGCGCCUCCCAGCAGAAAGGCGAGCGAGCAGCGAGGCUCACAGCAGCAGCGAUGGCCACCGAGGGCAGCGGGACGCCGCUCCGGGAAGACGACGAGCCGGUUCUGUCGGACCCGGAGCUCAGCGGGAACAUCCCGAAGAGGCACGCCCGGGUCACGGUGAAGUACAACAGGAAGGAGCUGCAGAGGCGGCUGGACGUGGAGAAGUGGAUCGACGAGAGCCUGGACCAGCUGUACAGGGGCCAGGAGGCCGACAUGCCGGAGGAGGUGAACAUUGACGACUUGCUUGACCUUCGUACCGACGAGGAGCGAAUCGUGAAGUUAAAGGAACUCCUCCAUGGCUGCAACAACAACACUGAGACCUUCAUCCGGGAGCUGGUGGCGAAGCUGGUGGGGGUUCACAAGCAGGAGGAUCUGCAGAGCGAAGGCAUCGAGCAUCCCGUCAUCUGCCACAGCCUCCACCGCCACGAGCCCUACCACUUCCACAGCCCGCAGCACCAUUGCCACCACACGCGAGGCCACAACCAGAGCCUCUGAUGAGAACCGGAUCCAUCGGCGCGUAGACAAACCGACGCACAAGGUUGGCCGCGUUGGACUGAAAGCUUCAGGGAUCGACAGAGCAUCAAAUGUACUGACACACUUCAAAUGUAAGGCUCUCCUGCUGAGAGUUAGAGGUAGUGACUCUGUUCACAAAUGGCUCUCAGUUAAAGCAUGAAGGAAUGCAAAGAGAAACCUUCAUUCUGCCUGAGUUGGGAGGCAAACAGAAUCUAAUCUACUACCAGUUAAUGUUUCACCUGCUGCAAAGCCAGUCGAUCUGGUAGAGUCUGGUAGAGAGGCUCCGGCAGGUUUCCACUUUGGUUCGCGACUUAGUCCACAAUUUUAAUUUGCAGGGGAUUAACGCCAGAUGUGUUAUCUGUUAUCAAAGAGAUGCUUAUAGUUUCUGUUUGAUCCUUCACUUUGAAUGUGGUUCUUUUCGGUUCUCUUGAAAGAGUUGUUGAUGCGCGCGAAAAGUAAUUUUACUUAUUGACAUAAAAAUUUGAGAAGCUUUCUGCAGAUUCGGUCAGGCUAUCUUUGUUUGAUAUUAAAACUUGUUUUGGAUGAUCUGAAAUGUUUAACUAUGACGAAAAAAACAAAACAAGAAGUCCAUUAGGAGACAUUUCACUGAACUGUAUCCACAUGAUGUGACGCUGGGAAUAAAACCUCUGUGAUCACUGAAACGUUGUCGCUUUUCAAUGAUGCAUCUCUGCAGAGAACUGUUAAAAAGUCAACUUAAUAAAAUAAUUUAUGCAACUAUU